CAAAAUUGAAAUUGAAAUCGAAAGCAUCGCUAACUGAGGAAUAGCAUUUAGGAGGAGUGAGCUUUGUAAACCCCAAAAACCCCGACGGCAGUGAGCAGCGAACACCCAAAUCCUCUGCUUUGCUUCUUCAGUUCAUAUCCUUCCUUCCUUCUUUCGUUGAUGCUUUGAAUGAGAUUUUGAGAUGAAGGCUUUAAGGGCUCUGAGAAUAGCCACCGCCAUUCCUCCUAAAUCCCACCGGGCUCUCCUCCUGAAUCCAAUCUUUUCCCCUCGAUGUUACUCUGCUCAACCUGAGCAAGACGAUUCCAGUCACAACCCUACUCUCUCCGACACUGAAAAUGCCCCCGAUUCUGUAUUUGAUAGUUCGCAGUUCGAUAUUCCAACCAUGGAUUCAACUACUAAAACCGAGCCUGACUACGGUUGGGAUAAGAAAUAUAGGUCUAAAGCCGACCAACUGAUAUUUGGGAAAGAUUCGGAGGGAGUGAAAUACAAGUUUAUGGAGGAAGAGGAGGAAAGGCGACGGAGAGUGCUUGCCAAGUCUCUGCUUGAGGCGGCCUUGGAAACUGCUGAUGAUGACGAAGAGGAUGGCGAGAGAACUGUGAAAGAGGAAGACCAGAAGUCUCUGGCAGUUGGGAUAAUUGGCGCACCAAACGCUGGCAAGUCCGCGUUGACUAAUUAUAUGGUAGGAACUAAAGUUGCCGCAGUUUCACGGAAGACGAAUACCACUACUCACGAAGUCCUAGGAAUAAUGACUAAAGGACAUACCCAAAUUUGUUUCUUCGAUACACCAGGGCUAAUGUUAAAGAAGAAGGGAUUCCCUCAUAAAGAUAUGAAAGCUCGUGUGCAAAGUGCUUGGAGUUCAGUUGAACUUUAUGAUGUGUUGAUAGUUAUUUUUGAUGUUCAUAGACAUCUUGCAAGGCCUGAUUCGAGGGUGGUAGGCUUGAUCAAACGAAUGGGAGCAUCACCGCAUCCAAAGCAGAAGCGCAUAUUGUGUAUGAACAAAGUUGAUUUAGUCGAAAACAAAAAAGACUUGUUAACAGUUGCAGAACAAUUUAAAGAUCUUCCUGGAUAUGAAAGGUACUUCAUGAUCUCGGGGCUAAAGGGAGCUGGAGUAAAAGAUCUUUCAAAAUAUUUAACGGAACAGGCAUUCAAAAGACCUUGGGAUGAAGAUCCAUACACUAUGAAUGAAGAAAUGAUGAAGAACAUAUCACUUGAAGUUGUCCGGGAGCGGUUGUUAGACCAUGUGCAUCAGGAAAUUCCUUAUGGAAUUGAGCAUCGCCUGGUUGAUUGGAAAGAAUUUCGAAAUGGUUCUCUUAGGAUCGAGCAACACUUUAUCACUAACAAACCAAGUCAGCGCAAAAUUCUAGUGGGGAAAAACGGCUCAAAAAUCGGGAGAAUAGGUGUUGAAGCAAAUGAAGAGCUAAGGUCUAUCUUCAAGAAAACAGUGCAUCUCAUCCUCCAAGUUAGACUUAAAUAAUGCAUCUGCCUGCUUCAACCAAUUGAAUGGAGAAAACUGUAGUUCCCCUUUGUACAUAUACAAAAUUGUUGUCGAUUCUCCCAAGUUUGCAGAUAUCUUUCACUUCUUUAACUUAUGGUGGGCAUGAAGAUGGAGGCUUCAAACACGUUUAUCAGUUUAUUGUUUUAGAAGGAUGGAAAUGCAUUUUGAGGAAGAGAAGAUUGGAGGACAUUGUUCAUCGGUAACUUUGAUCUAUAAUUCUAGGUUUUUUUCCCCAUAAUUUCAUAGAAAGAAGUUUACUUUUUGGUCUUUAUUACAUUGUUGUAAUAGUAAGCAUAAUGCAAGGUGUUUCAAUUUUCAAGGGACAACAAGCAUCUUGACUUUGGUAUUUAACAAACUAGGCUGAUAAUCAAUUUUAUUAUUAUUAUUAUUAUUUUAA